AAAGGCAAAGCAAAAAUGAUUGGUACUUUCGAGCAUGAAACUACUUCUACUGACAUUGCUCUCCGAGAAUCGCCUCUGCGCGAACUUCCUGAGUCAUCACCUACUGAAGAUAUUAUGAAAAUGAUGUUUGAGAAAAUCGCACAUCUUCAAGAGGAAGUGGCACGAAACAAAGCUGCUAAUGCUACCCGAGUGACCCCUGCUGAAGAAAGAAGGCCUCCACCGUUCUUCCCAUCUCUAAAUUCGCAACUACUCGACCACUUUCCUACCCAGUCCACUGUGACCACCAUACCCUUUACCCAAAUCGACGAGCACAUUGAUGCCUCGCAUCACACUCCACUGCCACUUAACACUACCCAAAUUCCCAUAACCGCUCACACUCCACUGUUUUGGCUGAGUUGGAAGAGUGAAAAGAGGCUCUUAAAUCCAUUCUUGGCAUUUGGCUGCGCAUACAAAAGAACCAUCAGGAAUCACGUGGCACAUUUGACAAUGAAAUACUACUUUACUUUCCUAUCUCAACAGACAACAAUGGAGUUGUCCUUCUCUCUCCUCUCUUUGAUAAGCUUUCGGUCUGUCCUCAAAUGGCGGAACUCAACCAAAUUCGAUGAAAUUUCAAGAGGAAAUUCAUGGUGCGAAUCAUACCAGAGUGAUUUUAGUUCAAAUCAUGUCAAAUUUCGAGUUCCCUUCUCCAUUGUUUCAGUUAGAGCUAGAAGUAUACAGUUUUUUCCAUCCUCUUCGAUCUUUUUCUACAGGCUUUGGUCAAGCUGUUUUUCUGGGAUUCUAUUUUUUGUCUGAUUUUUUGAUUAAGCUCUAUGAUUAGUGUUUUAUCUAAUUUGGAUAUCUGAAGGUUUUUCUUACAACUAAUAUGUGCAUGGUAGCUCAAGCUUAGUAGGUGAUGGGUUUGGCGGUGAAGAAUGUGUUUGUUGGUAGUGUUUCGCCUAAAUUUAUAUUUAUCGUUUUCAAAAAUUGCAACGACUCUCCCUUCUAUGAUCUUACUAGAUAUUUUUGGACCCAAUAAGCGACCCAUUUCAGGGAGCGAAAAAAUUGAGCUUUGAAAUUUCAGGGUAGAAAUUCUAUGUUAAAUUUUCAAACAUGCUAUUUGAAUAUGGGUCACUGACCAUUUCUUUUUAAUUAGUGAUAUUUUCUUUAUAUAUUUUAUACCUUUCUUGGCUAUAGUUUCUCAUAUUGGGAUUAGAAUACAUCUACUUAAUUUGGAUCCAUUGAUAAGUCAUAAUCUUGUGGGCUUGCUGAUUUCUUGAUUGUCACUAGAAGUGUAUAAACUGAUAUGGAUACUUGUUGUAUGACUUUGGAAUCUAUUGCCCACUUGGUGAGGGUGAGUACUGGUGGCUUUAACAAUAGAAAAGUUUAAAACUUGAGAUUAAGGAGAGCAAAAACAAGCUUGGGGUUCUUUCUCUGUUAUUACUACAGAAAUGACAAAGAUACUCAGGUAAAAAUCAAUUAUUUUUCUUCUUUACAUACUCAGUACAAUGUUCGUACUGACGUCCGUUUUCUUUGGACGUUGUGUUCAUGCCCGCAGGUAGACAGGGAGGUGAUCCAGACUCGUAGGUGCUAUUAGCUGACAUGAGAGCACUCCUUUUUUCCGGAGGUGUCAUUGACUUAUUCUUUCGUGUAUAUACAUGUAUUUUGGGCACGACAGGGUCCUGUCCCGUCCCUAUGUCUAGCACUCUAGUAGAGGCUCGUAGAUACGUAUGUGUGGGUAGUAUAGUCUCACGAUUUCCUCAUUGUAUAUAUAUAUAUUAUUUUGAUAGCCGGAAGGCUCGUGUAUAUAAAGGUAAAUAUGCUUUAAAAUGGAAAUGGUUUUCCUA